UUUUUUUUGAAUAUUUGAAUUUUUGAUACCAAUUUACUAAAGCAUUAUUUGAAUUUUUAAUUAUUUAUUGGGUUGUCAUUAAAAAAUAAAAUAAUAAUAAUUACAGCUGGGUACGUGUUAAAUGUAUGUCAAAACCUACACAUUUUUAAGUCAUUAAAGAUAAUUAAUAAGAUAAUAAUUUUAAUGAUGAUGUUUUUAUAAUCAUGUCUAAAUAAUAUUUCAUAAACUAGUGAUAUUUAAAUUUAUAUAUAUAAUUAAACAUAAAUAUAAAAAUAUAGCUAGUGGACAAUAGUGCAAUCGGGUUAGAAAUAAAUAUAAAAUGUUUAAAAAAUUCAAAGACAAACUCACUGAGGAAAUGAAACAAUCGCCUGCUAGAUUUCAAGCUGGCAUGCAACAUUUAGCUCAGGCAGUUUCUCCAGGUAUAUCAAAUUUGUCACUUACUGGUACUGGAGAACAAUCAUCGUUUAAUAAUUCAAAUGAUAAUUUCAGUCUUACGGACACUGAUGAUCUUGUAACACUCACUGAUGAUCGAGCUGGGAAAAAUAACAACAGUCCGCCACGUGAUAAUUUUAAUUUUCAAAAUGUCGAUUUGACUUCGCUGUCAUCGUCGUCAUUGUUGUCAAAUAACACCACUGGGUUGUCGAGAUCAUCGAGUGUCAAUAGUGUCACCAGUAACGAUACGCAGUCGGGAUUAUUUCCGAUAUUUGAAAGUCCUAGUAAUAUUUAUCAGUUACAAUCAGAUAUGGAUCAAUCAGCAAGUGAAGCUGACGAUUGCAUAACAAAUCAUCAAUAUGAUGAACUGACAAAAGAUGAUAUUUAUUCAGCUUACCGUAAAUCACAAAAAAAGUAUCAUAAAUAUCGUGGGAGAUUCACUGAGUUAGUAAAUCAUUACCGUGAAAUGGAGAGAAUAAAAGUUAAAUUAGAAACAUUGUUAGUUGACACGCAAAAUAAAGCAUUGAGACGCAUUGGGAAUUUAAAAGAGCAGUGUCUAUUGGAGCAACAAGCCAAAGCACAUCUUGAAGACGCUCUAAGAAAUGAUAUGGAGGAAAAAGAUCACAUUAUCGAUACUCUUAAUACUAAAAUAAAAUUACUGCAAGCAAAUGGAAACAAAAUGGAUUUACUGCAGCUAGAAAGUGAAACAACAGAUAAAGAUAACGACGAGUCCAAUUCAACGAAUGAAAGUGAAGUAGAAUCGCUUAAACAACAGCACCAGCAAUUAUUUACCGAAAACAGUUCAUUAAAAAAUAAGUUAGACAAAUUUGAAGCCCUGGUUGCUAAGUAUAAAGAAACUCUAAAACGCAGUAAAGAUAAAAUUGGCGAAUUAGAACAGGAUAGAUUUACCCUCGAGCGUGAUUUCGAGUCUGCACACAAUUCAAAUCAUGAAAAAAUAAAAUCACUUGAAGAGAGUUUGGCUCUCAAGAGCAACGAAGUCAUUGAUCUACAGAACCAGGUCAGCGCGAUACGACAGCGUGAAGAAGAGUCAGCAAUUUCCCUUGCCGAAAAUAAAUUAUCUAUUCAUCGAGAGCUCGAGAUCAAGGAAGAGCAGAUAAAACAGUUGACAGAAAAAUUGAAGGAUCCGCCCGCCCCCGUGAGUAAAAACACCCAAGAGUUUUCAGUUCAAACCAAUGAACUACCGGAUAAUGAUAAAAUUGUCCAAGAACUCAGAGCAGAAUUAAAUAAAACGCAGCAAGAACUCGCUGAUGUACAAACAGAGUUACAGAAUUGCAAUUCUGUUAUCAAUGACAUCAAUGCCCAGAAUAAUUCUUAUCAACAAACUAUAGAAGAUUCCAACAACGAGAAGAAAUUAAUCCUCAAUAAUAUUAUCAAUUGUAAAGACGGUAUUGAGAGUUUGAAAUUAAAUUACAAGAAUUUGAAGCAACAAUUCGUCAGUGAUUACAAAAAAAAUGCAGACUUUAAUUUUUCCAGUUUAUCGCAGUCGAUUAUAAAAGCGAUUGCUGACUGCAGCGAACGUGAAGUUGAAGAAAGAAAUAAAACGAAGCAUAAUUUCGAUAGUAAAUACGAUGAAUUGAAGCGCGAAAACGAUAAAUUGUACGCGGAAAUAGAAGAAAUAAAUUUCGAAUUGUUUGAUUGCAAGGAAUUGUCCAGAGAAGCGAAGAAAGAACUCGAGGAAGUUGGAAAAAUAAAAGAAGAAUUGGAUAAAUAUCAGAGGAGUGCAGAAGACAAGAGUGAAGAGAUCGAAAAAUUGAGGGAAGAAAUGAUUUAUUUGAAUGAAAAGUUCAAAGAAAAGGAAGGAGAGACAACGGCAUGUAAAAUUAAUGAUGAUUAUUUAGAUAGUCGUGUUUUUAAUAAAAAAUUAGAGGAAUUACUGGACAUAAUUUAUGCUAAGAAUGAUUUUAUUGAAGCGUUGAAGUGUAGAAAUCGUGGUGUUGAUGCUAAAGAAGACGAAUGUAAAAAUUGUCUUGAUAAAGUCGACAAGUUGGAGAUGAUGAUGGAAAUUAUUAAUGCUAAGAAUGAUUUUAUUGAUAAAUUAAAAUGUAAAGUAAGAGAUAAUUGUUGUGUUAUUGAUAAAUUAAAUAAUUAUAUUAAUGAUUUGUGUGAAAGAAACAGAGUUCUGAGUGAUGGAGACAUUUUGCUGAAGACGCAGGUCGCUGAUUUGAACGAGAAGUUGGAAGAAUUGAGUCGGGAGAGUAGUAGUUUAGUUGAAGAGAAUGAGAAAUUAAAGAGGAUCGGCGGUGACAGUGGGGAGAGACUCAAAGAAAUGGAGACGGAGAUUUCGGGAUUGAGGAGUGGGAACGAAGAACUGAAGAAGAAUAUCCGCGAGUUGGAAGAAAUGGUUCAGGAUAAAGAGAAGUUGGUGGUGAGGAUCGGGGAAGUUGAAGCAGAGAAGAAAUUUGUUGAGGAAGAGGUCAAGAAGUUGGCUGAGGACAAUCAGGGAUUGAAGAAAUCGGUGGGAAAAAUUAGUGAGGAUUUGAAGAGAAGUGGAGAAGAAGUGAAGAAAUCUGGGGAAGUAAUAAGUCGACUUGAGGAAGAAAUCAGAGGAUGUGAUAAAAAUAUUAAGGAACGGGAUGAAGAAAUUAAGAAACGUAAUGAAGAAAUAAUGGAGCGUAAGGAAGAAAUAAAAAAAUCAAACGAUGAGAAAAUAAAUUUAGUUAAUAAAAUUGAUGAGUUAGAAAUUUUAUUACAAAAACAUUCCAGUGAAAUAGGAGAAUUUAAAGUACAAAUAGAGGAAUUGAAAAAAUUAAAUGAGUCGUAUGUUGAUAAAAUAAAUAAAUAUGAGGAGAAAAUGGAAGAAGCAGAAGAAUUGAAGAAGAAAAAUGACAGCGGUGUUGCUGAUGAUUUAAAAAAAAUAGUCAAGGACUUGGAGAUGAAACUGGAGGAUACGGAAAUGAAGUUACGAGAUGCCGAGAUCACGGUGACUAAUUACAAAACUAAUGAGACGCAGAUAGAGAAUAUUAAUACGGGUUUGAAAGAUGAGAUGGAUAAAUUAAAAGACCAGUUGGCGAUGGGUGAAGAAGAGCAGAGAGUGAGAAUGAAGCAGCUGGUAAAAGAAUUUCAAGCCAGACUUGAUGACAAAGACCUGGAGUUACAAGCGGCACUUGAUCAGAAAUUUGACCGACAGAAAAAUUAUGAAAGUGAUUUAAUUCAGCAGUACAAGGAACAGCUGAAAGAUUUCCAAGUUGAAUUGACUGCCAAGUCAGAAGAAAUUGAGAGUCUGAAAAACGAGCAGCAUUUGCUGGUCGAUGCCAAGAGUAAACACAGCGAGGAGCUGAAUAAAUUGCAGGAAAAAAUAGACAAAAUGAAAGCUCACGCUGACGAGAUGGAAGAGAAGUAUAAGAAGGAAAAAAAUAAAUUUAAUGAAGAAAGUAAAAGAAGUCAUAGUGAAAAUACCUCAAGUAAUCCUACAGCGGAGUCACUGCAUCUUAUGCAAAAUACUUUAGUAGCCCAGCGGCGCGAACUGAGCGAACUUCGUAAGCUAGUUAAAUUAAGGUGCGAAACGUCCCCGAGCUUGGACGAUUCAACGGAGAUCGAAUACUUGAGGAACAUCCUCUACGAGUACAUGAUGGGCAAAGAAACCCUCGUGCUUGCUAAAGUAAUCGCAGCUGUAGUUAAAUUUGAUCAGGAACAAACGCAUAAGGUUCUCGAAAAAGAGAAAGAUAAAUUAACACUAUUGGGCUCGCUGGGACUUACGUCAUAAUUAGCAAAAAUAAAUGUAAUAUAGAGUGCAAUUAAAUUAAUAAAUCUUUAUAAUUGUAGAUUUUUUUUGUAAUUUUAAUUAUUAUUAAAAACAAAUAUUAAUAUAUACUUUCUA